GCGUCAGGAAAGACCUAGCCUGCAAGCUGAGAUGACUACCUUUGCAUGCAAAAAAUGAGCUACAAUCUCUUCCUCCUGGCUUUUGUCCUGGGCAUUGGUGGAGCUUUCCAGUAUGGGUUGCAGGUCUCCAUUAUAAAUUCUCCCGCUGAGUACAUCAAAAGUUUCAUCCAUGAGACCUGGCUGAAGAGAUACAGCUCCUCUCCCAGUGAAGAGACGAUUACUUUGAUGUGGUCCUUUGUUGUGUCCAUUUACAGCAUCGGUGGGCUUCUGGGGUCCUUGUCUGCUGGAUAUUUGUCUGUUAGAUUUGGAAGGAAGAAGGCCAUGCUGUUCACCAAUAUCCCUGCUCUGCUGAGCGCAACUCUGAUGGGACUUAGCCGGCUGUGUGGAUCCUUUGAGAUGAUCAUCGCUGGAAGAUUAUUUUCCGGAGUGUGUGGAGGUUUAGCUCUGAUUAUCCAUCUCAUGUAUGCUGGGGAAUGUGCCCCACUGGAGCUCCGCGGCCUGAUUGCCAUAACAGCUUCUACUGCCACUGCCAUCGGAAAGUUUGUAGGAUUUGCUCUGGGUCUCAGAGAAGUCCUCGGAGUAGAUGCUCUCUGGCCGAUUCUCAUGGCAGUCAAUGCACUUCCUGCCCUCAUUCAGCUUCUCACCCUCCCCUUCUUCCCAGACUCUCCCCGCUACCUGCUCAUUGACAAAAAGGACAAGGAGGGGUGCAUCAAAGCUGUGAAGCAGCUCUGGGGAGACGCUGACCAUAUGGCUGAAAUAGAUGACAUGAUGGCAGAGCAAGAAGCCAUCCGUGGAGAGAAGGCUAAGAGUGUUUGUGAUCUUUUUCGUGACAAAGCUGUCCGUUGGCAGUUCAUCACUCUCUUCCUUGUCUCCUCAUGCAUGCAGUUAAUUGGCGUCAAUGUGGUUUACUUUUAUGCAUACAAUAUCUUUAUAAAGGCUGGAAUCCCCCCUGAUCAAAUCCACUAUGUCUCCCUGGGAGUUGGGAUCACCGAGAUCCUCACCACAGUCCUCUGUGGUUUCCUAAUUGAGCGUGCAGGGAGGAAGGCACUGCUGUGGAAAAGCUACAGUGUUAUGGCUUUGGCUUUAGGGCUCCUCACAGUCACGCUUUCACUACAGGAUUCAUUUUCCUGGGUACCAUACUGCUCUGUUGCACUUAUCUUUAUUUUCAUCAUGAGCUUUGGCAUCGGGCCAGCUGCAGUAGUAUGCCCCUUGCCCACAGAAAUAUUUAUUCAGUCAUACAGACCAGCUGCUUAUGUUUUUAAUGGUGCUACAAACUGGAUCCAACUCUUCAUCCUUGGACUUUUGUUCCCUUUUAUUGUGGAAGGUCUUGGUAGUUUCUGUUUCAUCAUUUUCCUGACGUACUGUCUGUCCAUGGCUAUCUUUGUCUUCCUGGUGAUGCCAGAGACCAAAGGAAAGACCAUACUGCAGGUCAUGGAGGAGUUCAACUGCCUGAACUACCGUGGAAAGAAGAGACAGACAGCUGUACAGCAGAGUAACUGCUCCGUGAAGAUUGUUACUAGACUGUAAUAGCAAACUCUCCACUCCAUAUUUCACUCUUUUACUACUGUAGUGCCCAGAAGCCUCACCAAGCAAGAGAGAAUCCGUUGCUCCACAAACAGCACGCAUGUGUAUUUUAAAAAUAAUCACCUGUAGUGCAGGGUGCAGGAUGAAUGGUGGUUCUCUCCAGUUGCUGAAAUAUGAGCUGAAUUAAAUCCUCUGCAGAAAAAAAUUAAACACAGUGUAUAAAGAGAUAAGAUCUUUGCCAGUCCCUGCAAGUUAUUAGCUGUGUAAACUGAAAAUACAGGGUCUGCUAUUUUUCUUACCAAAACUUGGACUCCACAGGUAUUGGAGGAAGUAAGUGUGGAAAGUUCAGAUGUAUAGCAUACUUGUGAAAUUGAGAGAAAAAGAAGACAGAGCUUUCACAUUGAAAUUAUUUGCUCCUAUUAACAAGUCAGUGCUACUGACCUUUCCCAGAGAAGGACCUUCAGUCCAGAUGAAAACAGAUGUUUAGCUCUUUAAUCUGGUGAAAGAAGAGUACCUUGCCUAUUAGUAGCCAGAACUGGUAUGCAAUGUUUCCCCCUCUUAUAAUUAGACUUGAGAGCAAGUACAUAGUACAGGGGCAACUAGGACUUUCUUGAAGGGUUUAUGACCACACUUCUGUGACCUGCAGCAUGGUCUUCAUCCUUUUUUUUUUUUUUUGGGGGGGGGGGAGGGAGUGUCAUUGCUAUGUCUGAAGUAAAAAAAUGUAAAGGAGAUAUAAGGUCCUGGUGUAAAGGAGACACAAUGCUAGAGAAGCACCCAAGCAUAACCUAUCAUCUCAAGCCAAACCUCUUGCUUGGCAAUCGGGUGCGUUGCCUAGAUUGUGGAGAUUCUUGUGUUGGGACAAACAGGGAUAUAUCAGCACUGAAAGAAAUCAUGAGCAAAGGAAGCAGAGUUGCAGGAAAUAAUGAGUGGGCUAAUCCACAGUGGGCAGGUUCUCCUUCUUCAUUAGCGAUAACUAUGUAUCAUGUCUUCAGCCUGGAGUUAUUUCAUGUCAGAGAGAAUGAACACUGGGUUACAAUGGGAUUGAGUUCCCAAGAGUAACUGAUAUAGACAAGACAAAAAAAGAGUGGUGCCUCUCCUGGAGAACCCAAUCACAUUUUCAUUACAAAACAUUGUAAAAAGGGCUUAACUUUUUGUCUUCAUUGCUAUAUGACAUGACACACUCUUGCUCUUUUUCAUGCUUUGCAUUUUACUGAGAAGGAAAUAAAAAAAAGCAGUGACUAGGAAAACACAUUCUACCUGAUCAUGCCUGGAUUUGGUUUUCAUUGAUUGAAGACUCAGGGACAGAGGAGGGCCUGUUUCUGGGAGUGCGUUGCUGGGGUCAAGGAAUAUUGUGCCUGUCUUGUUCUGGAAAUAAGAUCUUCACUACUGACUAUUGUAGAUGCUACACAAUAAAAUUUGCAAAAGGGCCUACAUAUUAAGCAGUAGUUUCUUUCACAGCCCUAAG